CAGCGUGUAUCAUCGCUGCCGUGUUACCCGUCAGCCCUAUGUAAAUCCAUAAGUCAACUGAUUACGCGGUUAUCAGUUAUCGAGUUAUCGAGACCCUUAACUCCUUCUCCUGUUUGAUCAUUUCUCAGCCCCAAAUCUCACAUCCCACACCUCCCAGACCAACACGAAUCAUAGAAUAGAUAUUGACUUCCAAGAUUGUUCCUCUUCAAAAGAGUAGUAAACACAUCACCAUCCCUUAACCUAUUCUAAUUAUUGCUCUAUCUUCGACCACCUCGUAAAAUGUCCGGUUGGGGUCACGACCAAAAUUACGGUGGUGGUGGAGGAGGAGGAUAUAACCAACCUCCUCCUCAUCAAGGUUACAAUCAGCCUCAUCAGGGAUAUAAUCAACCACCCCAAGGAUACCAUCAACCACCUCAAGGAUAUAAUCAGUAUGGUCCCCCUUCUGGUCCUCCUUCCGGUCAUAACCAAUAUGGGGCUCCUCCCGGUCCGCCUCCCCAGCAACAUGGCUACAACCAAUAUGCCCCUCCGUCUGGCCCUCCGCCUCCUCAGCAGCACGGGUAUAAUCAACAUUCUUCUUCGAAUUACCCGCCUCCUUCGCACAACCAAGGAUCUAACCGCUACCCGCCGCCUUCCUAUCCACCACCACAUGGGUUAGAUCCGUAUGGAUAUCCCACUAAUCCCGGUGGCCCUCCCGUUCAAGGUUACGGGGGCCAGCACCGAGCCGGCCCUCCUCCGCCAAGUGCCCCACAGCAAUUCGGUCACGGUGCACCUGAUGGGUAUACUUUCCAGUAUUCCAACUGUACCGGUAAACGUAAGGCAUUGUUGAUUGGCAUCAACUAUUUUGGCCAGAAGGGUGAACUCCGUGGUUGCAUCAACGAUACCAAGAACUUGUCCCAGUUUCUUAUGGAGCGCUACAAUUAUAAGAGAGAGGACAUGAUAAUUCUGACCGACGAUCAGCAAGACCCCAUCAUGGUGCCGACCAAGGCCAACAUACUUCGAGCUAUGGAAUGGCUUGUUUCUGGUGCUCGUCCUAAUGACGCAUUAUUCUUGCAUUACUCAGGUCAUGGCGGACAGACAAAAGACGAAGAUGGGGACGAGGAAGACGGCUAUGACGAGGUUAUUUACCCUGUCGACUACGAAACCGCCGGCCAUAUUGUUGAUGAUCAACUUCAUCACGUAGUCGUUAAGCCUCUCCAAGCAGGUGUGAGGUUAACGGCAAUCUUUGACUCAUGUCACUCCGGUUCGGUUCUAGAUUUACCAUACAUCUACUCGACCAAGGGUGUUCUAAAGGAGCCGAACCUUGCAGCCGAAGCUGGACAAGGGCUGCUUAAGGCGUUUUCUUCCUACGCUCAGGGUGAUGCGGUAGGAGCUGCCAGCGCCAUCUUUGGUUUUGCCAAGACUGCGUUCAGAGGAGAUGAUGGGUAUAAAAAGACUAUCGAAACUAAGACCUCGCCCGCGGAUGUUAUCAUGUGGUCCGGCAGCAAGGAUGACCAGACAUCUGCGGACGCGACCAUUGCAUCUCAGGCAACCGGGGCAAUGUCUUAUGCUUUUAUCACAGCUCUUAAGCAAGACCCUAAGCAGAGCUACGUCGAACUACUCAACAGUAUUCGUGACGUGCUGGAAACUAAAUAUUCCCAAAAGCCACAGUUGUCUUGCAGCCACCCUCUCGAUACAAGUAUCCUAUUCGUCAUGUGAGCUACUAGAAAUAGGAUAUGUGCUAGACGAGGUCGGCUUGAUGUUGAUGAUGGGAAAUAUAUCUCCUAUACUACGUCACUUUUUUAAGUUAGCAGAGCACACAAGCGGAGCGUAUAAGCGGGAAUUUGGUAGUAAAGCAUCCGAAAAGGAGACUAAGAUGCGUAGUAUAGUGUGAUUUAUAAAACCACCUAAGUCACAUACCAUAUAGGGG